AUGUCGUCACUCGACACCCUGCCUCUUCCAGCUGCUCCUUCAGUCAUUCAGCAGCAGCAACAACAACAACAACAACAACAACAACAACUCUUGGAUUCGUCUACAGUCAUCAUUGUUGAUGGUAUUCUUUUAUCAGAUCAACAAAAGAUUCAACUACCUUCUGACAUAACUUCUUCAUCAUCAAAUUCAUCCUCAACUUCAAACUCAUCUUCAAAUUCAAAUUCAACUUGCACCCAAAAACCCCCACCUGCAUCUCCAGCACUUUCAGUUGCAACCUCUUCAUCCCUCCCACCAUCCCCAAUCCCUGCAACACCUCCAGGAUCUCCGCCUUUGGCUCUUCCUGUUUCUGCUCCAAUCCUUUCAGAUUCUGUGCAACAAAUCCCAGAACUUUUAGUUCUUGACCCUCAGCAGCAGCAACAACAACCACAACAACCACAACAACAACAGCAGCAACAACAACAACAACAACAACAGCAAGACCCCUCAGCACUUCCACCAUCCCCUCCUCAAAGCUCUUCACAACACUUUGCCCAAAAUAAUAACCCACUCUUUACAAAAACUGCUCUCCAAUCAAUCGUAUCACCUUCUCCACCAGUCUACUCAAUCUCAGCUGAAACACUGGCCGCUGCUGUUAACCAUAAUUAUUCCUCUCCACUCCCAACUGUCGACGAUUUCUUCCCAUGGCUACAUGGCCUCCACAAUGCAAACAUCUACCAACGUACCUUUUUCGCCCAACCAGUUGAUGGUUCCUCCAUCCCACCACCAGGAUCUUUCUGCGGAUUGCUCCUCGUCAAAGUCGCACCUUCCCCUAAUAAUACCCUCCCAGGAACCCUAAUUGGCUCAUGCCAUCCUCAUGAAAUACUGGCCUUGAAAUCCCCCUCUUCCUCUUCUUCCUCCUCUACCUCCUCCUCCUCUACCUCCACCUCCACCUCCACUUCCACUUCCUCGGACCUAUCAGCAUACUCCCCAGCUGACUUCCUUCCAACUUUCCUUAACCUCGACCCCGCAGAAGGCAUUUCUCUUAGAAACUUCCACCUCCAAAUCGCUAAAUGGGCUCCCAUCUCAAAUAUUAUUCUUUACGUCGGUGACGAGGCCUCCCGCAAAGACCUUCUCCCAUACGCUACCCUCAUAUCUCAGGCACAAGCUCAAGCCCGUGCACUACACCAAGGUAUCCCUCCUUGCAACACAUACAUUUGCCAUGACCAAAUGUCUGCCUUUAUGCGCGUCGCCCGCCAUAUUGUCGCCGUCCCUCCCCAAGGUUUCCCCUAUAAUGAAACUGAAGUCCGCAUGCGCAACUGGGAUUCAAACUUCCUCGCUCAUGAAGGUAUCGAAAUGUCAAUGAUGUCUUGUGCAUCCCCCAUUGGCGACCCUGAUAAUGGCGCAGUCUGGCUCGGGAACAAUGCCGAUUUUGAGGCUCACAUUCAAAAAGUCUUUACUUACCUUGCCCAGUCAGAAUCCUCUGUGUCCUCCUCCUCCUCCUCCUCCUCCUCACAAAAGAAAAAUAUCGAUUUUGCCAACUGGACAAUGUACGUCCGUUGCCUCACCGUCGCCCCUAUCCCUUCCCUCUCCCUCCUAGACCAAUACAUCCGUGAAACACUCUCCGGAGACCUCGGCGACCACCUAGACGGUCGUAUCGUCUGUGAUGUCCCAUGUGCAACCCCAGGCUGGAAGGGAACUAUCAUUGACUUCCCCUCCUCUGGCUGGUUCGACCCAAAUAUGGACGUUGACGAUGAAAAUUGGUUCAUCAUUGUUAGCAUGUGUAAACUCCUGUACGUCCGCUCAAAAGCCCAACACAAGGGCCUCCCAACAACUAGUCUCAUCUUCUGUCAUGAUGGAUACACAGAAUCAUCCUUCCUUGCCCUCUGCUACCUCAUCUAUUCCACUGGUCUCUCUGCACCCCAAGCUUGGGUUGCCCUGCAUAAAAAGUAUAACCGCGCCUUUUUUAGCUUUGGAAUUGAUGUCUGCGUUAUUUCCCGCAUUCAAAACUUGCUGCUCAAAUACUCCCCAGCUGUCCCAGGAAGUUUAUACGAUGAAAACUAUGGAGCCGUCUACGAUGGAGGCUCUCUUAAACUGUCCCGCGUCAUCCCUUGGGCAAGUAGCUUAGACGCCCAGGAAAAUAUCCUCUCAAAUGUUCUCACUCAAUGCAUUGGCCAAUGGCCCGACGACGCUGCAAACCUUCCAGCCCAUGAAUCGUGGUUUGUCCAAUUCGACGGCUCCUUCCCCUCAGUUAUCCUCCCCCAUAUGUACCUGGGCUCCCUACAGCACGCAAAUAAUGUCAAGAUGCUGGUCACCCUUGGCAUCAAGCGCGUCAUUAGCGUUGGCGAGCCUCUUGCUUGGGUCGACUACAAUGACUCAGAGCGCUCCCGCACGUUUUACUUUGACGAGGAGCACCAGCAGCAAGACCAAACCAACCAGGGUUACCAGAUUGUCAACGCCCCCUAUCCAGGCAUUUCAAAAGUCCUACACGUGAAAGACGUCCAGGAUAACGGAAUGGACUCUCUUACCCCGUUUCUAUCCACUUGCUUGGACUUUCUUGAAGAAGGCUUCAGGCUUCAUGAACCAACUCUUGUCCACUGCAGAGUCGGCGUCUCGCGUUCCGCCACUGUCUGCAUUGCAGAGGUCAUGAAACGCUUAAGCGUUGGACUCCCAAGAGCUUACUUAUUUGUGCGCGUCCGCAGAUUAAAUGUCAUCAUCCAGCCCCACCUUCGCUUCAUGUUUGAGCUUGCUAAGUGGGAGGAGGAGCACCGCAAGUGCGGCCAGGGCUGGCUCCGCGAGGUCGACUGGCCCGUCCUGUGUCGCGAAAUAAGUAUCAUGAACAAAGCCUAUAUUCCUGAUAACUAG